UAUUCAAAAAGUUUCAAGACUAAUUUUUUUCAGCCUUGAGUCAAUACGUUAAGUUUGCAUGCAUUUAAAUAUUUUAUGCAUAUAGCUAUUGCUACACUACUGAUACCACACAAUUGUAUAAAUAUCAGGAUUUAAACAGUCGCAACUCAUAUUAAGUUUGUCGUAUCACGAAAGACGUUGUUUCAUAUUCUUCAUAAUGUUACGUGCUUCAAUUAUUCAAAGUGUCCGAAGAUAUAGCUCUAAUAUAGUUUCCCCCGUAAAAUGCAACCGAUUAGAAGACAAGAUCGCGAUCGUAACAGCAUCGACGGAUGGAAUAGGACUUUCCAUAGCAAAACGUUUAGCACAGGAAGGUGCUAAAGUGAUGAUUAGCAGUCGUAAAGAAUUAAAUGUAAAGAAUGCUGUAGAAGAACUCCGAUCCGAAGGAUUACAAGUUUCAGGUGUUGUUUGUCACGUGGGAAAGGCAGAAGAUAGAAAAAAUCUUUUUGAAAAAACCAAAGCCAAUUUUGGAGGUUUAGAUAUUUUAAUAUCUAAUGCAGCUCUUAACCCAUCCACUGGCCAUACUUUAGAUAAUACUGAAGAAGUAUGGGAUAAAAUUUUUGAUAUCAAUCUUAAAUCUACAUUCUUGCUCAUGAAGGAGUCUCUGCCACUUCUCAAUAAAUCAUUUUCACCUUCUAUUAUUACUAUAGCUUCAAUUGCUGCAUAUAGAAGUUAUGACUUUCUCUCCACAUUUAAGUCUCUUGGUAUAUAUUCAAUUAGCAAGACUGCUUUAUUGAGUUUAACUGGCGUGAUUGCAACGGAACUUGCACCUCAAGGAAUCCGCGUAAAUUGUAUUGCACCCGGGUUAAUAAAGACUAAAUUUUCAAAAAAGCUCUAUGACACACAGGAACCAUACGAUUUUUCUAUGUCAAAGAUUGCUAUGAAAAGAUUGGGAACAUCAGAAGAGAUCGCGAGUGUAGCCGCUUUUCUAGCAAGUGAUGAUGCUUCUUACAUUACUGGUGAAACUAUAGCAGUGACUGGUGGUCUAAUUUCAAGACUUUAAAAAUUUAUUUUAAACUAGCAUUAUAUUGUAUAAUGUUUUUAGCAUUGUACAAUGACAUUAUAUAAAAUCGCUUAAAUAUUAUCCAAUGUUAUAUAUAUGAGCCAUUUAUUUUGAAAGUGGCCUAAGUCCAUUUA